AUGGCUGAUGCAAGUUCUGCUAAACCAGCUGCACCAUCCACUGAUGCAGACCCGUCGGCUAAACCAACUACAGGUCAACCAACUACAGGAGGGAGUUCUGGUGGAUUACCACCAGCAGCUCCUGCUGCGCCAUCGACUGAAAAAAAGACUCCAGAAACAGAUACAAAAGAUUCUUCUGAAUCGGCGUCAAGUGCAAAACCUGAUGAUAAAAAAGAUUCUCCUCAUUCGGCCUCAAGUGCAAAACAUGAUGAUAAAAAAGAUCCCAAAAAAACGAAAAAACAUGAUGAUAAAAAAGAUGAAAACAUAUUGGAAAGAGCAGCACAUUCAAUUCGAGGUAAGAUGCAUGACGUGAGCGAAGAAGUGAAAGAAAAGGCUCACGGCGGUAAGAAAAAUGACAAGGACAAAAAACACGAUAAGUUAUCAACGAGUUCGAAGAUAAAAGGUGCAAGUAAAAAACAUUCAGACGAUGAAAAAGAUGACGAAUCGACAAAAAUACCGCCUCCACCAUCAUCUUCAGAUAAAAAAGAUCCUGGUGGAAAACCACCUGGGCAACCGGAUUCAGCGAAGGCAGCGUCCGGACAACCAGAUUCAGCGAAGGCAGCGUCCGGACAACCAGAUUCAGCGAAGGCAGCGUCCGGACAACCAGAUUCAGCGAAGGCAGCGUCUGGACAACCGGAUUCAGCGAAGGCAGCGUCUGGACAACCGGAUUCAGCGAAGGCAGCGUCUGGACAACCUGAUUCAGCGAAGGCAGCGUCUGGACAACCGGAUUCAGCGAAGGCAGCGUCUGGACAACCAGAUUCAGCGAAGGCAGCGUCUGGACAACCGGAUUCAGCGAAACCCCCGUCCACGAACGAUAAAAGUGAUGCAAAAACUCCACAAGGAUCUGGCACUACACCUACGGCAGAUAAACCGCCCGAUUCAAACAAGCCGCCACCUUCUGAUGCAAGUAAAGGUGCAAACCCGUCAAAAGAAGCCCCCCAUGAUGAUCAAAUUCAUAUUUCACUUGAAGGCGUAACAACGGUGGAUGAACUACUCGACAGAGUCGAUCAAGCUGUCGAAUCAGCUCAAAUAGUUAUCGACACCAAAGGAAGUUCCACACCGAUUUCGGUCAGCUCACCACAAGGUGAAAAUCAAAAUCAACCCGUAACGGUACAACAGGCAGAAGGUAAACGAAAUUCAAAUACUGAUAAGCAAUCGGAAUCAAAUAAAACAACCGAAAGUCAAUCUCAAAGUCCACAACAACCUGGUGAAAAGACGGAGUCAAAAGAUGAUGAAAAAGAUACGAUCCGUAUAAAUUUAGCCGAUAUCAAGUCUGUUGAAGAUUUAGUUGCAAAGGUGAAUAAUAAACCGGGACAUAUGAAAGUUAUCGUAGAAGAUAAAUCGAAUAAUCAAGAUACGACCACUCUUCCAAAAACGGAUAAACAAUCAUCCGGAGAUCCCAAUGCAAAACCAGUCGAUCAGAGUAAUCCGACUCAAGGUAAACCUAAUGCUAAUCAGACAGACACAUCAAAACAAGCAUCACAAAGUAUAUUAAAAACUAGCCAGGAUCCGUCAUCAAUGGAUACUUCGAUGACAACCAGUUCUAUUCCACACGAUAAAAUACAUCUUAACCUUGAUGGAGUGAAAUCGGUUGAUGAUUUGCUCGACCGUGUUGAUGACGCCGUAGAAAAAGCAAAUAUUGUCGUUGAUAAAAAACCAGUAAAUUCACAAAGAUCGUCCGAUCAAAAUAAAUCUGGUGAGAAUCAACCGCCGGAUUCAACAUCAACUACACAACCCAAACAAGCCACUCUUGCGCCUUCUAAUAAUCAACCUCAGAGUGCAACAGAUCAGCAAGCUACCCAACCAAAGGCUAAUAAUAAUCAAGGUACUGGAAAACAACCACCACAAAAAUCAAGAGCACCGUCGAAUCCUCAAGAAAAAUCGGGACCGGUAGACAGGGUAUGA